UUUCAUAACCCUCUAGUCGAUAUCGUGAUCGAUCCUCUCAGGUUUGAAGUCUUUGAUUCUUGAAUGAUGGAGCCUCCACCUACGAAGGAGGCAGCUUUGGCCCCAGUAUCGGUCUUCUGGGACAUAAAGUGGUGUCCGGUUCCCGAUGACUAUGAUGCUCGUCGGGUGGGUCCGUGUAUCAAACGGAUAUUGAGGAAGUUAGGCUACACUGGUCCUAUCACCAUCACUGCCGUUGGCUUACUAUCAGAGGUCCCUCGUGACAUCCUUGAAGCGGUCUAUUCCACUGGAAUCUCUCUUAAGCAAACUUUCAAAAGCCCCACCAACAUGAUUGGUCUUUUCCUUGACUCCUUUCUUCGUAAGAGUCCACCUCCAUCUAAUAUGAUGGUCAUAUCCCGCCAACCAGCCUACAUUCCUGCAGAAUUCUCUCAUUUUCUUUACAAGCAAAGAGAGAAGGGAUACUACAUUAUUUUCCCGUUUCCUCUCGAAGAAAUGGCCUCCACUCAUGCCACCCCUCUUGCAAAGAGCCUAUGGAAAAAAUUCCUUGUGGAAGAUCCAGUGGCACUUGAGGAGGAUAAGUGCACUGAAACAGGCAUCUCUCUACUGGAGAUCAUGCACGGCUGGUUCAUCUCCGGAUUACCCCCAGAGGAGGGCCUGUAUGCGAGCAGGCGGUUGAAGACAGAGUUGAGGCUCCCCUUGAUUCUUAUCCCGAGAAUGCUACUAGCUAGGGGUGGCAACCAAAUCCCCAGUGGGUAUAUGUAUGCUUGGACGAAUUUGAGGAGGCCAGAGUUGAGGCUCCCCUUGAUUCUUAUCUGGAGAAUGCUACUACCAUGAGUUGAGCCAAGGAAGAAGAGUAACGUACCUUUGCUUGCGAUGAAGCUGCCCACAGGAAGAUUCAUGGGUUUCCUUGUAGCUGCCAUGAACUUUUCUCCUACCUUGAUGCAUCACCAUAUCAAAUCGAAGCAUCAAUGUCAAAAUGAAAAGCUUCUUCAGGGCCAAACAUCAUCUUUGUUUGAUCGUCGUGGUUUCUUGAAAUGUGUUGUUAGUGCUUCUUCGUUUAUGGCCGCAUUUGAGUUUUCUGGAUUACAAGCUCAGGCGACAGAGGAAAAGGUAGAAGAAGGACAAGGAGUUGUUGGUGCUUUCAAGACUUUGUUUGAUCCUAAUGAGAGAACAAAGUCUGGCAAAGAGUUACCAAAAGCUUACUUGAAAUCUGCAAGAGAGGUUGUCAAAACCAUGAGAGAGUCAUUGAAAGAGAACCCUAAAGACAAUGCUAAGUUUAGAAGAAGUGCUGAUGCUGCUAAAGAAUCCAUUCGUGAUUAUCUGAGCAAUUGGAGAGGACAAAAGACUGUUGCUGGAGAAGAAUCAUACGUGGAGCUGGAGAAUGUAAUCCGAGCUUUGGCGAAAUUUUACUCAAAGGCUGGUCCUUCUGCACCACUACCUGAUGAGGUUAAGACAGAGAUUUUGGAUGAUCUUAACAAGGCUGAAGAGUUUUUGUGACAUUUUUGCUGUAACAUGUUUCACUAAUGUUAUAUAUCAAAGUAUUGGAACUUGAAAGCAAUAGAAGGAAGCUUGACCAAGAAACAGAAAAGCAGUACAAGUCUUCUAGAAGAUCUGAGAGAUAAUAGAGCUCUGAUAUGCAA